GAAUGUGCACUGAAUUGGAAAUAAAAAUAUGUGUUUUAGGUCACUAGUUAUUGCUAUUUGUGUUUGUGUUCAAAUUUGUUCAGGAGAUAAGCAGAAACAUGAGUUCAAACAUAAACUGGGUCACCUCAAUGAGAUACCUAAACGAUUCGAAGUACAGGACUCAAACGCGGAAGCAAUAUUUACAAGGUACUUACGAGAUAUUAGAGACUUGGCUAGAUUGGCAAACAUGACUGUGAGGUACAAAGUCAAAGUAGAAUUACUGAAACCAGAAUAUAAGAAGGUUAAAAAAAUAGAAAAAGGGUAUAAGGUGAAAACAAAGAAGUACAUAGUACCGUUGAAACGAAAGAACAUGAAACUGUCGAAUUUCGAAAUAAUAAUGAGGAAACAAGUGGACCAGAUGGCGUCGGAAGCGAGUGUUGCUUUACAACAAGUUCCCAAAUCAACUGAACAACCACCACAUUUUAUAUCAACAAAGGCAAUGUUCAAUGGAAAGUAUAAACCCAUUCUAAGACAUGUGAAAUCGAACUACACUAAAAUAGUGAAACCAGUACGAAACAAAAUUAUUACUCUCAACUAUGAACCUGUUGUAGUCUAG